CAUCGUCGACUUGAACCGACCGCGUUUUCCUGACGUCGAAAUUCUAUAAAAUCCGCGCUUCGAGGUCGCUCUUGAAAAUACGAUCCCGCGCGCGCGCGCCCCGUCUCAAAACUUGGCGUUAAAGGUUUAUUUGCAAACUUCGCGUUUUAAUAAUAAAAAGACGCGGUUGCGGAUUUAGCGCGAAAAGUUUUAUGAGGAAGAAAAAUUUAGUGUCUCCAAUUAGAAGGUGGUGUAAGGAGUUGUGCGCGCUUUAUUAGUUUUUAAGAAGCGUGUCCGCUGAUCUAACUUUAAGAUUUCUCGUCACGAUGGCACUCUUGAAGUCGUUUUGUCUUUGCGGCAGCUUGAGGACAGGAACGCUCAUUGCCGGUUUUGCUGGAAUUAUUCUUGCAAUUCUGGGGAUAGUGGUCAUUUUUACUGUUCCCGUGGAGAUAAGGACAAUCGUUUUAGAUUGGCUACCAAAGCUGGCGGUGCAAAUCAUUAUGGCAGUUAAUUUUGCAAUGACCAUCUUGAUCUCAAUCCUUCUUAUUAUUGGUACUAUGAAGAGGAACAUGUACCUGAUGAUCCCGUGGGUCCUGCUGGGUAUCAUGCUGGCCAUCGGCCUUGUGGUAUCCGUCAUCUAUACGGCCGUGGAUUUCUAUCUGAAGAAAGAUUCGCUGACCGGAAGCGUGGUUCUCGUACUCGGACUAGCAUUUUUUGUGGUCUACGUAUACAUGUGGAUGGUUGUCUAUAGCUUUUUCGCGAUUAUUAAAGAGGAAACGGACCGAGGCGCCUACACCAAAGAUCCAUUCCGAAGGGCUUACAAUUAGAUUAAUUAGAACGAACGAAUAUAUUUUUAUGUCCUCAUUUACUCCGGCUAUUGUUUCAAUGUGCCUUUAGCAUAUUAUUAAGAUAGUUUAUUUUUCGAAAAGACUAAUUAUUGUUAAUUUUUGUAUAUUUUGUGUUAAUAAAUUAUUUUUAUGGUUAACAAAU